AUGUCCGUCCAACUGAAACCUUUGUUACUCCCGAGAUUGGUAGAGCGACGCCGUCGAGGUGAGAGUAUCUCCGAUGCUGAAUUCAACUAUUCAUCGUCUUCAUCGUCAUAUUCGCGUAGUCGCUCUGCUUCUGACAUCACUUCACCUACUACGCCUACAUUUUCUGCUCGGGGAGUUCUCAGAUGUCACAGUUCUGCUUCAUCUACCGAAUCCUAUUCCCUACCAUCUGAAGCUCACCCUAUGUCGCCGAACUUUACCGAGGCGCAAACGAGCAUAACAUCGCUACCCGACGUGCUAGAAGAGUCACAAGACCGUGAUUACCAUUGGGAACCGCCAGUUGACGAAGCCCCCGAAGUCUGUGUAUGCCUUUGUAGACAGAACUCUCAACUUUUUCUAUCCCAUGACCCAUACAUGAUCUCAGAGUCGGCCAUGAUCACGAGCGAUACUAGAACAACGAACCCGGACUUUGAUUAUGAUCUAGACUACGGAGGCUUUACUGAUACCGAGACCUCAGCGAGACCUAACUUUGACAAGAGAAGCGACAGCUUUACAAAGCAACUUGCAAGCAAAAUACCAUUAUUCGUGCGCAGACACAAACCCCCCAAUACGGAAAGAUUAUUUUCUGCACCAGUAUAUAGCCGAGGAGAUCAAGCUUCACUAAGGGAAAAGCGCAGCUGCUCAAUGUCCAAUUUAUUUCGACGAGCAUUUGUCGCACAAGCUUCAAAAUUUCCGGAAACAUCUACUCUACCGAGUAAUCCAAAUAUCAAGCAUCUGAAACAAGCCGAAGUCGAAGCUGCUUCCCAUACUGCAAGGAUGGUCGAUAAAGCACGCGCUGAAGCGACAAGUACACCCCUACUGCCUCCCCUCAUGAAUGAUGCGCCCGCCAACUUUAUCACUCACACGACACAAUUAUCACUACAACAUGCCCCACCUCAUGGAUUAAGGAAAAAGACUGGUAAUAAAAUCGGUUGUGAAAAAGCUACCAUCCAAGCCCCUUCGUCACAAGCAGUGAAAAAGUCUUUGUCUGAACCCUCCCUUGAACAAAUCUCGCAUUCUCCAGGAAGUUUUCGAAUAAAAAUAGAAGAUUUGAACGACGAAUGGGCCAACAAACUUGGGCAUGCUAAUUUUACCAUACUUCCAGAACCCUAUAUUCCACCUACCUUUGACAUUAAUGCGUGUCGAAAGCUUCGGAAAGAUUGGGAUCAUGCUCGUUUUAAUUAUACGAAGCAUUUACUGCGGACUGGCGAGCAUUACGGAAUCACCUCUCAAAUAUAUCAAUUAACAGAAGAAAAGUGGAAUGCUACUGACAAGAUCUGGCAACGUUAUCACGAAAUAACAGUCGAGAAUAUGAUUGAGAAUGGCAGUGGUGCCUUUAAGAGUACUUCAACCUGUCCUUGGGAUGAGGAAGAACAUUCGACAAACACCUCCCCAAAUAAUCUUAGUAGGCACGGAAAUAAGUAUUCUCUUCUUGGUGACCAAAAUAUCAUAGGUCCCAUGGUCCAAGCUGCCGCUACCCUCCGACGAACUCCACCAACCAAAACCAGAUUAUUGAACUACAUCACGAGAAAACUACCUUUCUCAUCAUAA